AUGGUAGACACAGGGGCCCAACACUCAGUCCUGACCACAGCUGGGGGGCCCUUGAGUUCCAGAAAAGCCUGGGUCCAAGGGGCCACCAGGGGAAAAACAUACAGGUGGACCACAGAAAGAAAAGUGGACCUCAGCACGGGACAGGUCUCCCAUUCGUUCCUGCUGGUCCCCGACUGUCCAUACCCCCUUCUUGGAAGAGAUUUACUCUCUAAGUUGGGAGCCCACAUCCACUUCACCAGAAAGGGACCAACCCUAAAAGGAAAGGAUGGAGCUCCACUACAAGUCUUGACCCUACGGCUGGAAGAUGAGCAUCGGUUGUAUGAGGAACCGAUAGUAGGGACCCCUGGGGUAUCAGACUGGCUAACUAAAAUCCCCUCGGCAUGGGCCGAGAUGGGAGGCCCGGGACUGGCAUUCAACCAGCCUCCAAUAGUGGUCACCCCAAAGCCAUCAGCAACCCUGAUUUCAAUCAAACAAUACCCCAUGAGCAGAGAGGCCCGAGAGCGGAUCAGGCCCCACAUCCAAAGACUUUUACAAAUGGGCAUACUCUGCCCCUGCCAAUCCCCUUGGAAUACUCCACUGCUCCCAGUGAAAAAGCCAGGAACAAAUGACUAUCGACCUGUCCAAGACUUGAGAGAAGUAAAUCGGAGAAUAGAAGACAUACACCCCACUAUUCCUAAUCCCUACAAUCUCCUGAGCUCUCUGCCUCCCAGUCACAGGUGGUAUACUGUCCUCGACCUGAAGGAUGCAUUCUUCUGUCUAAGGCUGAGCCCGGUUAGCCAACCCAUCUUCACUUUUGAAUGGAAAGACCCUGAAGCUGGAAUACCGGGGCAACUAACUUGGACACAACUUCCUCAGGGAUUCAAAAACUCCCCUACGUUUGAUGAAGCUCUGCAUCGUGACUUGGCUGACUUCCGGGUAAGAAACCCACAGAUCAUGCUCCUCCAAUAUGUGGAUGACCUCCUCUUAGUGGCUGAAAUGGAAGCUGGCUGCUUGCAAGGUACGGAGGCUCUCCUAUUCAGACUGGGGGAACUUGGAUACCGGGCCUCGGUGAAGAAGGCCCAGAUCUGCCUACAGCAGGUGAACUAUUUGGGCUACCGGUUGGAGGGAGGGCAAUGCUGGCUGAUGGAAAGCAGAAAGCAGGCGGUGGCCUCUAUUCUCCCACCAACCUCAGCCAGAGGGCUCACAGAGUUCCUGGGAAGCGCAGGAUUUUGCAGGUUAUGGAUACCGGGUUUCGCUGAGAUAGCGGCUCCCCUAUACCCAUUAACAAAAGGUGGGACCCCUUUUGCUUGGACAGAAGAACACCAGAGAGCUUUUGAUCAAAUAAAAAAGGCACUGCUGACAGCUCCAGCGUUAGGAUUGCCAGACUUGACAAAACCUUUCAUCUUAUAUGUGGAUGAAAGCAAAGGGAUGGCAAAAGGAGUUCUUACUCAGACCCUAGGACCCUGGAAGAGGCCGGCAGCCUAUCUCUCAAAGAAGCUGGACAAUGUGGCCACUGGCUGGCCCCCAUGUUUAAGAAUUAUGGCAGCAGUGGCAUCCUUAGUAAAAGACUCAGACAAACUCACCAUGGACCAGCCUCUCACUAUUGUAACACCACACAGAGUGGAGUCCAUCAUCAGACAGCCCCCUGAUAGAUGGCUGUCAAAUGCCAGAGUUACCCACUACCAGGCCUUACUACUAAACCCAGAUAAGAUCAAAUUCGGUAGCCCUGCCGCCCUGAACCCCGCCACGCUGCUACCAGCCCCUGAAAGAGACACCGAGAUUCCCCAUGACUGUCAGCAAAUACUUGCAGAGACUCAUGGGACUAGGGAAGACCUCAUCGACCAACCCUUAACAGAUGCGGACGCCACAUGGUACACAGACGGAAGCAGCUUUCUGCAAGACAGUGAGCGCAAGGCGGGGGCGGUGGUGGUUGAUGGGGAAGAGAUAAUCUGGGCCCAAGCUCUGCCGGCCGGGACGUCGGCCCAGCGAGCUGAAUUAGAAGCUUUAACCCAGGCCCUAAGGUUAGCAAAGGACAAAAAGGUCAAUAUCUACACCGACAGCCGCUAUGUGUUUGCCACCACCCAUGUACAUGGGGAAAUUUACGGAGACAGGGGGCUACUCACCUCGGCCGGUAAGGACGUUAAGAACAAAGAAGCAAUAAUGGCCCUUCUUCAGGCCUUGUACUUGCCCAAGAUCAGCAUCAUCCAUUGCCCUGGACACCAGCGGGACCAGGGACUGAUUGCCCGGGGCAACCGAAUGGCCGACAAGACUGCCCACCAGGCAGCAGAUGGCACCUGCAUUCUCUAUGCCCAACCGUCUCCUGAGACUGCGAACGCGGAAGAAGCAGAGGAAACUCUCUUCAUUUACUCUGAACAGGAUCUGAAGAAUCGAAUUAUACUGCCCAAAAAGGCGGCCUUGGAGCUAGUCUCCCAACUCCACCAGUGGACGCACUUGGGGCACAAGAAACUGAAGAUGCUACUGGAAAGAGAAGAACAAUUCUAUUACUUCCCCAACCUCAACUCAAUAAUCCAGACAGUAGUUGGAGGUUGUGUUUCAUGUUCUUUGGUAAAUGCCUCAAGGCAUCGAAGCCCCCCAGGGAAAAGGGAACGGGGAGACCGUCGUCCGGGCACAAAUUGGGAAGUCGACUUCACUGAAAUUCUACCAGGCAAAUAUGGUUAUAGAUACCUUUUAGUAUUCAUAGACACUUUUUCAGGGUGGGUGGAAGCCUAUCCCACCAAGAAGGAGAUGGCUCAAACCGUGGUAAAGAAGCUGAUUGAAGAGAUCUUCCCCCGGUUCGGACUACCCAAGGUAAUCGGGUCAGAUAAUGGACCAGCCUUCAUCUCCCAGGUAAGUCAGGGAAUGGCCAAAGCAUUGGGGAUCAAUUGGAAACUACAUUGUGCUUACAGACCCCAAAGUUCAGGGCAGGUAGAAAGAAUGAAUAGAACUAUUAAAGAGACCUUAACCAAAUUAGCUCUAAAGACUGGCACUAAAGACUGGGUACAGCUCCUACCUCUAGCUCUAUUCCGAGCUAGAAAUACUCCCGCUAUGCAUAGCUUGACCCCCUACGAGAUCCUCUUUGGAGGACCUCCUCCUGUCCUCAAUGUAACUUUAUCUCCCCUGCCCUCUUCUUUUGACAACCCAAGCCUGAAAACAAGACUCCAAGCCCUCCAGAUCAUCCAGAACCAGGUUUCAAAACCCUUGGCUGCUGUCUACCGACCUGGGAGUCCACGUACACCCCAUCCCUACCAAAUUGGAGACCAGGUGUACAUGAGAAGACACAACACAAAGACUCUUGAGCCACGGUGGAAGGGGCCCUACACGGUUCUCCUGAGUACGCCUACAGCCCUCAAAGUACACGGAAUUUCGGCCUGGAUCCAUACUUCCCAUAUCAAGAGAGCCCCGGCCCAGGAGAACACUGAGAAAUGGUGCCUGCACAAAACUCCCAACCCUCUAAAGAUAAGACUGAGGAGAAAAAGGAAGGAAAGUACAUCCGACAUUGACUCCCUUGGCCUUGCAGGAAGGCUGAAGAGGGAGUCCCCACGAUCAGGAACAUUGUGCUGGAUGAGGAAACAGGCUCAAAAGCAGCCGGGCUUGUCACGGGGCUCCGUUACUGCCCUCUCCACCCUCCCCGCAGCCAGCCCCGCCCCGUGUCCCCUCCCAGGCCCCAAGGAGGAGCGAAGAGCGGAAGGGGGGGGGGGGGUCGAGGAGGCCCAGUCUCAUAAAGGCGGACCGACCCGCGCUGCCCGCCAGACCCCGCCGCUAGGAUCCCCUGAGCUGAGGCUGCCCUACGUGACCUCUCCGUCCCCCUCCCCCCGCUUCACCGCUGAGUUGAGGCGCGCCCUCACCGAGGACGUCCAGACCCUCACCGAGCCGCGUGGCCCCCUGAACCCAGGCCCGCUCGCCAUGGCCCUGCUCCUGGCCCUCUUCCUGGCGCUCCAGGCAGGUGCUCACGCGGAGCUCCCGGGCUGCAAGAGCCGCAUCACCUCCAAGGCGCUGGAGCUGGUGAAGCAGGAGGGGCUGCGCUUUCUGGAGCAAGAGCUGGAGACCAUCAUCAUCCCAGAUCUGCAGGGCCGAAAGGGCCACUUCUCCUACAACAUCUCGGACGUGAAGGUCACUGAGCUGCAGUUGAUAUCCUCAGAGCUCCAUUUCCAGCCAGAGCAAGAGCUGAUAUUGCACAUCUCCAAUUCUUCCUUGGGACUGCGCUUCCGAAGACAGCUUCUCUACUGGUUCUGCUAUGAUGGGAGCUACAUCAAUGCCUCGGCCGAGGGUGUGUCCAUCCGCAUAGGUCUGCAGCUCUCCCGGGAUCCCACUGGUCGGAUUAAAGUGUCCAAUGUCUCCUGUGAGGCUUCUGUCUCUAGAAUGGAUAUGGCCUUUGGAGGAACCUUCAAGAAGGUGUAUGACUUCUUCUCCACAUUCAUCAUCUCUGGGAUGCGUUUCCUCCUCAAUCAGCAGAUCUGCCCAGUGCUCCGCCAUGCUGGGAUGGUGCUACUCAACACCCUCCUGGACGCAGUGCCUGGUGAGUCAAUGCUGUACGCAGUUCUGUGGAUGAGCUUGGUUGGCAUUGACUACUCCCUCCUGAAGGAUCCUGUGGUCUCCAAUGGCAAUCUAAACAUGGAAUUCCGG